GAUAUGAACUACACAAACCUGAACCACGGGUCAUACGGAGCGACUCCAAUCCCGGUGGUGAAAGCAUUGAGAAAAUGGCAAGAGGUGAUGGAACACAAUCCUGACCGCUGGUUUCGUUUUGACGGUUUUUGUCUUAGUCGAAAAGCACAGCCAGUUGCGUGUUGA